AUGGCUGCCACCUACCACGUUCGAUCUUGUAGCUUACCAGCAAGGCUACAUUCAAAUGGUCUCAUCAACCAUAUUCAGCAACUCCUCAACAAGGUUCCUACAGAUACUAAUAAUAACAGUCUCUCGUGUCUCUCAGAGCUCUAUGACUCUGUUUCUCAUCUUUUCAACGACUCACCAGCUUCAUCACUACUCCCUCAUCACUCCUUUUUCACCCAUCUUCUUGAUCUUUCCCUUGUACACCUUGACUUGUGCUCCAAGCUACGAGACAUCACUUGCCGCAUCAAGGACAUCAUCCGAGAUCUACGUUUUGCUUUCAGACGGAGGACACACGGUGGAGAUUCAACCAUCCAGUGCCACCUCAAAGUCUUUAUUCGUUCUCGGAGAUUGAUUCAUAAGGAUCUUGCUAAGCUUCUCUUGUUGCUCAAACAAACGGAUCAUUCCUCCUCAGAGUCAACUCAUCCUUUGAUCACACUUCUCAGACAAGUUUGUUCCCAAACAUGCCUUUCCUUUAGGACUGUCUUGUUGUCCUUAUCCUCACCUGUACCGAAGCCCACGCCUCAAAAAUGGGCUUUAGUCACCAGACUUGUGAUCAAGAACGUUACUCAAGUUCAAACAAACGAGUUCCAGAUGAUGGACGAGGAGCUACAAAGAUUAGGCUUGGCGAAAGAGAUAAAGAAGGAACAAAUCAAGUCUUUGAUCACAACCUUUGAUAACGUAGAUGUCGCAGUUGAAGAACUAGAGGAGUCGCUUGAAACCUUAUACAGGCGCAUGAUACAAGCAAGAGUCUCUAUUUUGAACACACUCUCUAUGCAUGUAUGAUUUUAAUUAGAACUCCAUUCACUAGAUUCUCCUUGUGUAUGUAUACAACUUCACCCAUAUUUUUCAAAAACAUGUUACC